GCAUCCGUUCAAUCGAGUCAAUAAAGAAUGCAGUAUAAAUACCUACUAUGAAGUGGGGGUUCUCUCUCUCACUCACUUUCUUUUGAUGGAAUACUCUUGGGCUCAGCUUGUCCUUCUGGCCUAAUGUCAUUUAGCUUAAGAGCACUUGUCAAUAUGGGGAUGAAGCUUCUAGUAGUCGUGAUCUGCUUAUUGGAUUUGGCUUGCAUUUUCGCUUUUGGCAAUUGCACUGAUGGGUUGGUGAGAAUUGGUCUAAAGAGGUGGAAUUUGGACCAUAACAGUAUAAAUGCUGCAAGAAUUACCAGAGGAGAGGUUAUCUACUCCAUUGUUAAGGGGGAUACCAACCCUAACAUUGACUGUCUAAAAGACGAUGUUGUGUAUUUGAGGGAUUAUUUGGGUACCCAAUUUUAUGGAGAGAUUGGCAUCGGUUCACCUCCACAGCAAUUCACUGUUGCUUUUGAUACAGGGAGUUCCAAUCUUUGGGUGCCAUCUUCAAAAUGCCACUUUUCUAUUGCUUGCUACGGACAUUCCAAGUAUAGGGCAAGGAUGUCUAGUACAUUCACCAAAAUUGGAGUACCUUGCAAAAUCCGUUAUGGCUCCGGAUCGAUAUAUGGCUUCUUCAGCCAAGAUAAUGUGAGAGUUGGUGAUGUUGUCAUCAAAGAUCAAGUAUUUUCCGAAGCUACAUGGGAGGGAUUAAGGUUCUUGCUUGCACAAUUUGAUGGGAUACUUGGACUUGGGUUUCAGGACAUGGCUGUUGGGAAAGUCAAGCCAGUGUGGUAUAAUAUGGUCCAACAAGGUCUUGUGACCCAGCAAGUCUUCUCUAUAUGGCUGAAUAGAAAUCCAAAGUCAGAGGUAGGAGGUGAGAUUGUUUUUGGUGGUGUUGAUUGGAGGCAUUUUAGUGGUGAUCAUACUUUUGUCCCUAUUGCUCAAAGUGGCUAUUGGCAGAUUGAGGUAGGAGAUAUUCUUAUUGCAAGCAAUUCAACAGGUUUUUGUGGGGAUGGUUGUGCUGCCAUUGUAGAUUCCGGGUCAUCCUUUAUUGGAGGUCCAACUACUAUGAUAGCUCAAAUCAAUCAUGUCAUUGGAGCAGAAGGAGUUGUAAGCUGGGAGUGUAAAAAAGUUGUUUCCAAGUAUGGAGAUCUGAUAUGGGAACUUUUAAUAUCAGGGUUGCAACCCAGAAAAGUUUGUGUAGAUAUCGGACUAUGUCUCUAUAACCAAUCGAGUGCUGCUAUUGAAACUAUGGUAGACAUUACAAACUCACAGGGUUUACCUGAUGAUGGAAGUGCUCUCUGUAAUUUCUGUGAGAUGACUGUUUUCUGGCUCCAAGUGGAAUUUAAAAAACAAAGAGCGAAGGAAAGAGUGCUCAGAUAUGUUAAUGAGAUGUGUGAGAGGCUUCCAAAUCCUAGGCGGAAGUCAUUUAUUAACUGCGAUAACAUUGCUAACAUGCCAUAUGUUUCCUUUCUCAUUGGAAAUAAAUCCUUCCCCCUCUCUCCAGAACAGUACACCAUCAAAGUUGUAGAAGGCAGUUCUACCAUCUGUCUUAGUGGGUUCGUUGCUUUGGACGUGCCUCCUACAAUUGGCCCACUCUGGAUUCUUGGCGAUUUAUUCCUGGGAGCAUACCACACUAUAUUCGACUUUGGUAACCUCAAAGUUGGAUUUGCAAAAAGUACUUAGUACUACUGCCAGUUCUUCCCGUCUUAUCUUGUGUUGUGAAUGCAAACGAUAUUCCAAAGUACACUACGGAACGUUAUCGGAUUUUACAUACUUUGUUUAUAUAUUUGGUUUUCUGUGAGAGUUUCAAUGAAUAGGCUUUAUGUAAGGUAAUUGAUCUAUAAAUAAAAUCACAUCUCUUUAUGCGGAGUUAUAGUUGAUA